GCGCGUCGCUGUCGUUCUGGUCUGGAUCUACAAAGGCGCGAGGGGCGGAGUGUGUGAGUGUUUUUACCCGGAGCCGCGUCGCCCGCAGCGCAGACCCACAGUCCCGGGGAAUGACGGAAUAACACUGGAUCUUUUUUCCCUUGUUUUGUCGCUUCGUUUUGGGGAUUUAUAGUUCGUUUGUCGCCUUUUGGGUCGUUUCUGUCGCACGCCACAGCUGAUGUCAUGUCCUGCUUCGCUCUCUCCACGCCGUCCGGGUCAUGAGCACGUCUCCAGCGGUGUCUGUCCUAAACAAGACCCCGAACACAGCGUGGAGGAGCGGGCCCCCCGGUGCCGCGCUCUGCCCCGUGUCCCCAGCGGACCCCCAGCGCCAGGCCAAACGACUCCCCAUCAAGGUGCUCAAAAUGCUGACCGCUAGAACUGGACACAUCCUCCACCCAGACUACCUCCAACCGCUGCCCUCCACCCCGGUCAGCCCCAUCGAGCUCGAUGCCAAAAAGAGCCCUCUGGCCCUUUUGGCUCAGACGUGCUCUCAGAUUGGGAAACCGGACCCUCCCUCCGCCGCUAAACUCUCCUCCUCUGCGGGUUCAGGCUCCAGCGGCUCCGGGGACAAAGACGCCAAGGCCCCACUGAAGAUGAGCGACCUCGGGUCUGAGGACAAGUCCAGUUUUAAACCGUACAAAACGGACAAGAAGGAGUCCGGCAGCGUGGAGAGGAACGGCUUUCGCGUGCCCAGCGCCACGUGCCAGCCUUUUACGCCGCGCACAAGCAGCCCCAGCUCCGUUACGUCUGCGUCUCCGGCGCCAAGCGACACGAAAGACAAGGACGAAAAGAAAGAGGACAGACCUGACUCUGUCCCGAGGACUGUAGCAGAAGAGACGCCUAAAGCGGUUCCUGAGCCCGCGCCCCCGGUCUCCUCCUCUGGCUCCUCUGGCCUGGGGCUCGUGGCUCCGGUGUCUCCGUACAAACCGGGCCCGGGACACGUGUUCCCGUUGCCCGCCGCAGGGAUGUCGUACCCCUACGGCUACCCACAGCCUUUUUUGACACACGGAAUGACCCUUGACCAUAAGUCCAGCGCCAGUAGCGGCGCGUUGCUGGGACAGUUCUCGUCUCUGGCUGGAGGAGCGAAGGGGGGGAGCCCGCUGGCAGGAGCCUCUCCCCCAGGACUGACCCCGGGACUGUGUCGGGACCCGUUUUGCCUGGGGUUUCACUGCGCGGGGCUGAGCGGCAGCGCGGCCUGUGACUCUUUGAAGAGCGGGUAUCCACUCAUGUAUGCGCCUCCUGCCGCGCACGCGCCUCUGCACACUGCGCACUCUUUCCCGGGACACGCGCUCUACCCCUACGGCCUAGUGCCCAACGACCCGCUGCCGCACGCGUGCAACUGGGUGUCUGCCAACGGCGCGUGCGACAAACGCUUCGGCACGUCAGAGGAGCUGCUGGCGCACCUGAGGACGCACACGGCGCUCACCUCUGACAAACUCAUACCGGGUUACCAUAGCAACGGCUCGUCCCUUGCGGUGGCCGCGGCCAUGGCUGCCUCAUGUCACAUGCACGUGCCCGGCGGCAGUCCGGGCGCGCUCGCGCUCAGAGGCCCUCAUCACGCGCUCGGACUGUCCCGGUAUCACCCGUACUCCAAGAGCCCGCUGCCCGGGAGCGCGCCCGGGGCCGUGCACGUGCCCCCUGGGCCCGCGCAGUACUACUCCCCCUCCCCGUACCUGCUCGGACAGAGACUGACCCCCGCACUGUACCAAUAACACCCGCUGUGAUGCUCCAACCACCCGGAUGUGGAUUAUAUUGAUCUGGAGUCACGUGACGCAGGUGUCCAGGGGUCAGCGGGGGUCACACAGAGCCCGGAUUUAUCAGAUUGUAUUUUAAUAAAGUUAUUUAAGUUUAUCUGGAGAAUGACAGUGACGCAGUGGAUCUGAAGAGGCUUUUCUUAUUUAAAAUAUUGUAAAUG